AUGUACUCGAACCGUUUACUUAGCAAGAAGCGAGCCCAUUAUUUAUAUGAGUUAGAGAUGAUGGAUGGUCAAAACAUCACCUCUUUUCUUGGAGUGAUGGAGGAAACUACAGGCGGCAUGGCGGUGACUCUUCCGUUGGAUCUGGUGGCUGAAUUCCUAUGUAGACUCCCUGUCAAAUCACUUCUACGACUCCGCUGCGUCUGCAAAUCAUGGAAUAAUCUAAUAUCCAAUGAUCUGGAUUUCACAAGGAAACACCUUCACUUAUCAACCAAACGCCAAACUCUCAUCACGAGCACGUUCAGCCGCUCAAAAGAGUUAACUGUAACGUCUUAUCCACUCGACUCUCUUCAACUUCACUCUAUUUUCACCACUAACGCCACACAACUCGUUCGCUCUCCGCUUAAUCCACACUACUGUGAUGAUAUCAUUGCAUCCUGUGAUGGUCUCAUUUGUUUAGCCAAUAAUUGUCAUGUUGUUCUCUGGAACCCUUCCAUUAGAAAACUUAAGAAACUACCCUCUUUAGAAAUUCCACAACCUCGUGGAAGAGUAACAUAUGCAUUUGGUUGCGAUCCUUUCAUUAAUAGUUACAAGGUUGUUUCUGUUUUUUGCUGUGAUUUUGAAUCUCUUACUAUUGAUAUGAAAGGUUGCAAAAGUCAGGUUAAAAUUUACACUUUGGGCACACAUUCAUGGAGAAGGAUUCAGGACUUUCCCCCUUGUAUGGUCCCCUGUGGUGAACCGGGAAUAACCAUUAGUGGCACUGUUAAUUGGUUUGCAUAUUCUGACGCUGUUCUUAGUUCCUCGCAAGUCAUUGUUUCUCUUGAUUUGGAGACAGAGUCUUAUAGACAGAUUUCACAGCCCGAUUAUGGAAUGCAAGUUAACUUGACUCUCGGUAUCAUGCGGGAUUGCUUAUGCGUAUUUUCUCAUUCUCACUCAUUUAAUGAUGUUUGGCUUCUGCAGAAAUGCGGAAAUAAAGAGUCUUGGAUUAAAUUGAUCCGUCUUCCUUACUUUGGUGAUCAUGAUUACUUUAUACACCAUCCCAAGAUAGUAUACAUUUCGGAGGAUGAUAAUCAUGUGCUGCUCUAUUUUAAGGACUUUUCUAAAUUGAAGUGGGUUGUUUACGACUUCAAAAAUGAAGCCGUAGAAAGUAUCAAGAUUCAAGACAUGAGUUUGAUAGAUUCAUUCGUCUACAUUGAGAGUUUGAUAUUACUUGGAUUUUAA